AUGUUGAUGGUUCACCAGCAGCAACAGCAAACUCUGUCCUUACGUAAAGAAAUGAUUGGGUUUUCAUAUAAUCGACCACAGACAUUUACAAUACCUGGCACGAAGAAAGGAAUGAAAGCAUUAGUCACUGGACAAACAAAAAUUCGUAAAAUUCAUUGUUCGACACCACAAUCGGUAACAGCAACACCGGAUCAUGAACCUCCCAUUGAAAAGGAGCCUAUUGUUCUUUCGCGAUAUUCGGGUGGGUUCAUACCUGAUCCUGAAGCGCCCCGAAAGAUCGAAUCUUUGGACUGGCCUGCACCGAUUGCACUUCAAGCUGUACCAGAGUUGAUGAAGACCAAUCGUGGUCAAAGUGAAUCUCGUUCCAAUCAUAGCGAGACGAUAUCUGAUCACCAAGUUCCCACCGAAAGCAUGACUCAUGAUAUCCAUGAAGUUGGCAAUAGUGUUCAGGAUGAUGAUGAUAAUGAUGCUGAUGGCGAAUUACGACAUGAUGAACAACUCGAAAAAGACAUUAAUGAAAUGUCGAAAAUCAAAGAAUCAUCUGGUAUGGCCAAUGCUCUACUCGAAGAUUUACGUAUUCAAGAGAAAAUCAUUGCGAGACAAUUACCACUCGAUCCAUGGAAAGCUUCUCGUUCACCUUCGGCAGCGAUUGAACCACCUCGUCGUUGUCGAUUUCAAUCGCCAACCUUCGCAUCUCCAUCCAGACGUGUACAUACGCAUUCGUCAUCAACAACUAAUCAAGACGAUAGCCUUGUUGGUUUAUCAGCAUCAAUUUACACAACACCAGCUGGAAGAAAACGGAUUACUUUACCGAGAUAUCAGCAAAGAAGUGAAACAUUAGUACUUCGACCUGAUGAUAGCCUAUCACCAUCGCCCAAAAUUCAAACGUUAUCAAAUCAUCUUGACAUCCAACGAAGUUGUGAUUUCGAUUCGACUACGAAUUCAAGUUUUUCCAACGAUGGUGAUCAAAAUAAGUCAACAAAGACAGUUGACGUCGACGCUAGAUGGACACAGUCACACCACGCACAUUCGACUCAUUCAGCGCCGGCGUUGAUGAGCAAUCCAAAAAUUUAUCCAUACGAAGACUUAAAAGUGAUACCGAAACAACGAUUACCAUCGGAUGUCGAUCGAGACCAUCUCGAGCGUCAUUUAGCGGAUGAGGAAUUUCAUUCGUUAUUCCACAUGACUCGUAUGGAAUAUUAUCGUUUACCCGAAUGGCGUCGUGUUGAUCUGAAGAAGCGACUAAAACUUUUUUGA